CAAGAGGAAUCACUACUCGUCCUAAGAGGACUGGGAAUCCAAACCUCGACGUCUUCACCUACGUACUUGUCUACCCCCACCACGCGAUUCAUACCCACAACCUCAAUUCAAGAUAUAUUCAUCCACGAGGCCUUCAAGGGAUUCGAGGUUAGGUUCUAUCUUGCCAUUGUAGUCGAGGGAGAGGAGGAUGUCGUCGUGGUGUUUCCAAAUCUCCUACCAAGACGUCAAAUCCUCGAAGAAGUGUGGAGAGGAGCUAAAUCGUGUCUGUACGAGCCUAGGUCAAAAUCAAAGUCAUAA